UUAUAAAUAAAUGGCAUAAAAACCCUAAAGGUUCUUCCAUCGCCGUCUCCAUAAUUCCGUCAACACUAUAAAAGCUCAGUUUUUGCUAUCUCUUUCAUCUUUGUCGUUGUUAAGGUUUCUGAGAAAAUUGGGUUGUAAUGAUUCCAGAGCUGGGAAGAAGGACGAUGCAACAAGAUCCAUCUUUUGGGGACGAAUACGAGAAGGAGAUUGGCGCGUUGCUCGGCGAGCAGCAGCGGCGGCAGGAGGAAGCUGAUGAGCUCGAGAGAGAGCUUAACCUGUACAGAAGCGGCUCCGCGCCGCCGACCGUGGACGGUUCUUUCACCGCCGCCGGGGGGCUUUUCAGCGGCGGGGCUCCUUUUAUUGACUUUGGCAAUAAGGGGAAUGGGUUUGUGGGUGGGGACGAUGAUGAGAUAAGGAAGGAUCCGGAGUACUUGUCUUACUACUAUGCUAACAUGAAGCUGAACCCGAGGCUGCCUCCUCCGUUGAUGUCUAGGGAGGAUCUGAGGAUUGCUCAGAGGGUCAAAGGGAGUAGCGCUGUUAUUGGGGAUAGGAGGAAGGGGGAUGAUGGUAGUAGAUCUUUGUUCUCUAUGCCUCCUGGCUUUGAGCAGAUGAAGCAGCAGCAGCAUGAGUCUUCUUCUUCCGAGUGGGAUGCUAAUGGUCUUAUUGGUUUGGAUCUUGGUGGCAAGCAGAAGAGCUUUGCUGAUAUCUUUCAGGCUGACCAUCCUGUUCCCUCACGUCCUGCGAGUCGCAACGCCACCUUUGAUGAGAAGGUCAGUCCUACAAACAACCAGUCUCCAUCUGCAUCACAAGGCGGCGUUGGGGCCGCGUCUCCUUUCAGCUACGCAGCUGUUCUAGGCUCUUCGCUGUCUAGGAACGGAACUCCUGAUCCUCAGGCUAUUGGCAGGGUGCCUAGUCCCUGCCUCACUCCCAUUGGGAGCGGAAGAGUGAGCUCAAACGAUAAGAGGAACACAAGUAACCAAAGCCCCUUCAACGGCGUCACGUCUGGUCUCACCGAGGCUUCUGAUCUCGCAGCUGCUUUAUCCGGCAUGAACCUGACAGGCAGUGGUCAGGCUGAGCAGGAUGUGGAAAAGGUCAGGAACUACAUGUUUGGUGGUGGACAUAGCGACCUUAACCAAGCCCAUAAGGCAACUGAUUCCUGGAGGAGAGGGUCUGCUGGUGGUGGUGGACUACCUGGUCCCUUCCAUCCUCAGCAUCUUGAUAGGUCAAACUAUUAUCCCAACAACUACGCGUUAAACCCAGGCGUGUCUUCUCUGAUGGCGAGCCAGCUUGGGAGUAACAACUUCUCUCCAAUGUAUGAAGAUGUGGGAUACUCCGGAGUGGACUCCAGGCUCCAUGGGAGAGGUUUGGGCCAAAACCUCUCUGAAUCACAUAACCUCGGCGGCAGGAUCAGUAACCGGAUGAUGGCAGGAGGAGGUGCUGGUCUUCUCCAGUCACAUAUCGCCGACCCAAUGUACAAUCAGUACGUUGACCCGCUCGAUCUUCUCACCGAUCAUCAGUACGGUAACUCGUACAUGAACAUGCUGGAGCUCCAGAGAGCUUACCUCGGAGCUCAGAAAUCACAGUACGGCGUCCCGUACAAAUCCGGUAGCCCUAACAGCCGUAGCAGCUACUACGGCAGCCCAACGUUUGGGUCUGCUAACAUGUCGUUCCCUGGAAGCCCAUUGGCUCACCACGCUAUGCAAAGCUCUCUCAUGGCGCCUUGCAGCCCCAUGAGGCGAGGCGGCGAAGUUGACAUGAGGUAUCCUCCAUCUGCAGCAGGGAGAAACUAUCAUCCAGGAGGGGUGAUGGACUCUUGGCACAUGGAUGGGGGCUUUGGCUCUUCGCUGCUUGAAGAGUUCAAGAGUAACAAAACAAGAGGGUUUGAGCUGUCUGAAAUAGCUACCCAUGUUGUUGAGUUCAGUGCGGAUCAAUAUGGGAGCCGGUUUAUUCAGCAGAAGCUGGAGACAGCAACAACUGAUGAGAAGAACAUGGUCUAUGAGGAGAUCAUGCCACAUGCUCUUGCCCUGAUGACUGAUGUUUUCGGAAACUAUGUAAUCCAAAAGUUCUUUGAGCAUGGACUCCCGGCACAGAGGAGAGAAUUGGCGGAGAAGCUCUUUGACAACGUUUUGGCACUUAGCUUACAGAUGUAUGGGUGCCGUGUUAUCCAGAAGGCAAUAGAGGUGGUUGAUCUAGACCAGAAGAUCAAGAUGGUGAAAGAGCUCGAUGGUCACGUGAUGCGGUGCGUGCGUGAUCAGAACGGGAACCACGUGGUUCAGAAGUGCAUCGAGUGCGUGCCUGAAGAAAACAUCGGAUUCAUCAUUUCAACUUUCUUUGGUCAAGUUGUGACACUCUCCACUCACCCCUACGGUUGCCGCGUCAUUCAGAGGGUGUUGGAACACUGCCAUGAUCCGGAUACACAGAGCAAGGUGAUGGAAGAGAUCCUCUCCACAGUUAGCAUGUUGGCCCAAGAUCAGUAUGGAAACUAUGUCAUUCAGCACGUGCUGGAGCAUGGGAAGCCUGAUGAGCGCACGGUGAUAAUCAAGGAGCUAGCGGGGAAGAUUGUGCAGAUGAGCCAGCAGAAGUUCGCUUCAAACGUUGUUGAGAAGUGCUUGACUUUUGGAGGUCCAGAGGAGCGGGAGCUGCUCGUGAAUGAGAUGCUGGGGACUACUGAUGAGAACGAGCCUCUUCAGGCGAUGAUGAAGGAUCAGUUUGCGAACUAUGUAGUGCAGAAGGUUCUGGAGACGUGCGAUGACCAGCGCCGUGAGCUGAUUCUGACUAGGAUUAAAGUGCACCUUAACGCGUUGAAGAAGUACACUUAUGGAAAGCAUAUUGUUGCCCGUGUUGAAAAGCUCGUUGCUGCUGGAGAGAGGAGAAUGGGUUUGCAGUCUGUGAACCAGCCUCAGAUGGUGUAAGGAGUGUUGUACAGCUUAACUAGGGUGCACGGGUCUUGAGAAUUUUUAGGUAAGAUCUAAACUUGGAAAUAAGAGAGAGAGAGAGAGAGAGAGAGAGGACUUGUUUUCUCUGCAAAAAAUCUUUGUAAAAUCGUGUAGUUUCUUACGGCUUUUAAUACAAUAGAACCAAGGCAUCCCUCCUUAGGCUGAUGAGUGAGAGAGAGAGAGAGAAUGGUGUAAAGAUGGGUUUGUGAAAUGGUGCGAGGACUUUAGGGUUUCUCCUUCACACAAAGGGAGAGAAUGGCUUUUGUUAUAAUUUGCCAAAAAGAUGUGUAGAAGUGAGAAUGUUGAUGCUUUUUAGGACCAAUCCCCCAGUGUUUCUUUUAGAGAUUUUCUGCUCCAUCUAUGUAAUUUGUUUUCAUCACAACUCUUUUUAUUUCGUAUUUUUCUCAAGGCAAAACUCUUUUCGUUUUA